UCAUACCACAGACAUCAUUUGACGAACAUUUCAUUCUAGGUUUUACUGAAUUCAAAUCUCACAAUCCAGCAUGCUUCGAACCCUUGUCCACCAAAAUGUUGGCUUGGAUGUGUCCAGUGCCAAAACUAAUUUGCUACCAUCUCCUCCCUCAGCUGUAAGUGCAUAAUCUACCGCUGGCUCAAGGAAAAUACGCCGUGAAUAUUCACUGCACGGCAUUACAAAUAUUACGCCCUCGCUCAAUGCCGCGAGAAUUGACGGCGCCGGUACCUGCGUUCUGCCUCUUUGCCAAAGGAAUACAUUUACUGCGUCGUUAUUUCAUGAAUUUCAAUAUUACAAGAACAAUUUGUUCAGCGUAUAAUGUUUUGAAGCAUAUUCAUACACAAUCACUUCAAGAUACCACUUUGGCCGCAAUGUAACCGCUAAAGGACACGGAGGACUCAUUUUCACAUUGACAUGACAUUUAUGUCAUGAACUGCUAUGAAUUGCUCUUGAAUUAAUUAUAAUACCAGCAGUAUGUAUUCAGUUAAAUAGGUGAAUAAUAAGAUGCCAUUCAGGUUUCCAUACUAUGUUCUGUAAUCGCACUUGGAAAAUGUUUCUGUAAAUAUUAUCGCAAUUUGCAUGCAUUGCACAUUCCUAUGUUGUGUGACACAGCCCGGUACUGUGGAAAUAUAGCGCGGAUUGGACACUGAGGAGAGUUAAGGUUGUACACCAAUUAUUGCCAGAGACUUUGAGAGGUAGCGCUGUCGCACGGGCCACUGGCAUCUGUAGUUCACUUCCCAUUGAGCUCAACAACUCGUAACAUCUAACAGACUGCACCUCCCGAAAUGCAACGUACUUUAAUUUCCAUGAUGGCCGAAUGGUGUAAACCUGCAGGAAGAGUGAGAGGAGUUCUGUUAGAUAUUAGUGGGGUUCUGUAUGACAGUGGGGAAGGAGGAGGGGUUCCCAUUGCCGGCUCAACAGAAGCGGUGAGAAGAAUCAAAGAGGCCAAUUUAAAGGUGCGUUUUUGCACCAACGAAACUCAGGCCACCCGGGAGAAGUUUGUGGCGAAGUUGCAAAACCUGGGAUUUGAUAUCGCUUUGGGUGAAGUCUUUGCUCCUGCCCCUGCUGCUUGUCAAAUUUUGAAGGAACGUGGACUUAGACCACACCUCCUUGUACAUGAUGAUCUUCUACCAGAGUUUAACCAGAUUGACCAAUCAAAUCCCAACUGUGUUGUGAUUGGAGAUGCUGCAGAUAAUUUUUCUUACAAGAACCUGAAUCAGGCUUUUCAAGUUUUGAUUGGACUGGAAAAACCUGUGCUGCUAUCUCUUGGCAGAGGGCGAUAUUAUAAGGAAACCGAUGGAAUGAAACUUGAUGUUGGAGCUUACAUGAAGGCAUUGGAGUACGCCUGUGAUAUCGAAGCUGAAGUGGUAGGAAAACCAGCAAAAAUGUUUUUCCUGUCUGCCGUAUCUGACAUGAGCUUACAGCCAGAUCAGGUCAUCAUGAUUGGAGAUGAUAUUGUGAAUGAUGUAGGUGGAGCCCAGCAGUGUGGUAUGAAGGCUGUCCAGGUCAGGACAGGGAAGUACAGACCCUGUGACGAACAGCACCCAACAGUGAAGGCAGAUGGGUAUGUGGACAAUUUGGCACAAGCAGUCAAAAUCCUUCUUGAACAUUUACACUAGCAACUCGAACACUGGUAUCCAAGAAACAUCUGACAAUGAACAAAGAAUGUGAAGUCAUUAAAAAUUUACAAAUUCAUUGCCCUUUGGCUGUUCAGAGGUGGGGGGGUUACAGGCCCUUACAGAAUUAGCAUUGUUGUGCGUUUGGUAAUUGUUUCAAAACAGUAAAUAUCAGAUUAAAGAAUUUAUGAAGCUGUUUUAUAACUGCCUAAAUGAUGUACUUAUAUAGAUUCUCAUAAACCUAUGUUAUGUAUGAAUCAUACUGCAAAAUCUUUACUAAACAAGUGUUUUAAUAAA